CUGUGUGUGGUUUCUUUACUGUUUGUCUGAAUAACGCAGAUCUCCGAGAUGUCUGGUCGCGGUAAAGGAGGGAAGGGUCUGGGGAAAGGAGGCGCUAAGCGGCACAGGAAGGUGCUCCGGGACAACAUCCAGGGCAUCACCAAACCCGCCAUCCGACGUUUGGCCCGCAGAGGGGGUGUCAAGCGUAUCUCCGGACUCAUCUAUGAGGAGACCCGCGGAGUGCUCAAAGUCUUCUUGGAGAAUGUCAUCCGCGAUGCCGUCACCUACACCGAGCACGCCAAGAGGAAGACCGUCACCGCCAUGGAUGUCGUCUAUGCUCUCAAACGCCAGGGGCGCGCCGCACAGCCCGUAUUCUAUCACACUUGUGUUUCAUCAGCCAUGGCAAGAACCAAGCAGACCGCUCGUAAGUCCACCGGAGGGAAAGCUCCCCGCAAGCAGCUGGCCACCAAAGCCGCCCGCAAGAGCGCCCCGGCCACCGGCGGAGUCAAGAAGCCUCACCGCUACAGGCCCGGCACCGUCGCUCUCCGAGAGAUCCGACGCUACCAGAAAUCCACCGAGCUGCUCAUCCGCAAGCUGCCCUUCCAGCGCCUCGUCCGAGAGAUCGCCCAGGACUUCAAGACCGAUCUGCGCUUCCAGAGCUCCGCCGUCAUGGCUCUGCAGGAGGCCUCCGAGGCUUAUCUCGUAGGACUCUUCGAGGAUACCAACCUCUGCAGAAGCGUAGUCAUGUCUGGUCGCGGUAAAGGAGGGAAGGGUCUGGGGAAAGGAGGCGCUAAGCGGCACAGGAAGGUGCUCCGGGACAACAUCCAGGGCAUCACCAAACCCGCCAUCAGACGUCUGGCCCGCAGAGGGGGUGUCAAGCGCAUCUCCGGACUCAUCUAUGAGGAGACCCGCGGAGUGCUCAAGGUUUUCCUGGAGAAUGUCAUCCGCGAUGCCGUCACCUACACCGAGCACGCCAAGAGGAAGACCGUCACCGCCAUGGAUGUCGUCUAUGCUCUCAAACGCCAGGGGCGCACUCUCUACGGAUUCGGAGGCUAAAUCCUCAUGAACACCUAUCCACUUCCCCUACACAAAGGCCCUUCUCAGGGCCACCCACCUUCUCAUACAAAGGGCUGUCUAUAGAUUUAUCUAUACAUUUCUCCCCGAGUUUUAAGUUUCUAGCAAUUUUAGGGGUGAUCUUGAGGAGAUUGCAUAGUAUGUGGCCAGGAUUUAGAAUGUCCACAUAUUUUGAUGGUAUAAUAUUUUGUAUUCAAACAAUUAAGUUGGAAGUGUGUCUGCUGGACAUGCAUCGUAAAAUAGUUCUAGAUGAAACAUACCGGGUAAGCGCUAUAGAGUACUAAAGGGAAACAUGUGUAAUACUUAUUUGUCACAAAGUCAGUAAGAGAAAUAAUGAUUGUAUAGAAAUCGUCCAUUCAUCUAUUUCCUGGUCAGAUCCGGAGCUUUGAUCGCUCUGCUUCUCUGGCAGGAAAUUUAAACAUUCAAAUCGAAGCCGAGCCAAUCCCAGUUCUGGACGUUUCUUGAACACUUUCUUUGUUAGACUAGGAAUGUGAUUAGAACACACAUGGAUCUCUCACCCCCUUUCCUGCAGAAAGAACACAAGAGAUGGAGUGGAGGGAAUAGAAUUCUGGAUGAUCUCGUUACACCUUAUUACAUGUACCGACUAGUAUAUUACAUCGAUUGGAAGCACCAUUUACAUUUCUCUUUAUAUGGGAAGGUGGGUGUCCCCGAGUCCUCUCUAACAUCAAACACUGGAAUUGUCUGAUUUAGAUCUGUAUUAAAUUCAGGAUUGGAAUUGGGGCUAUUUAAAUACAUUGUAGUCAGACUUUCUACA